AUGGCCGCGCGCGUUCCUGCGACGCACGUCAUUGGCGUCCUCCUCAUCGUCCUGUUGCUGCGGCCCGAAUGCUCCCAAGCCCAAGAGUCGAUAAAAGGCGUCGCGCUCAUCAGGGGUGCGUCAGGGGAACUAGCCCCGCAGAGUGCAAAAAUAGCCGCUGCCACGUCAUCACAAACGAACACCUUCGACCCCGCAGUGGCGGACGUUGUGACGGCGGAGGCGGCGGCGGCGGCGAAGCGGUCGCGCGCGCCGCUGCGAUACAGUCGCAAGGAGGUGAUCUCGUCGUUCAACAAGGCGGCGCACCUCCUUCGACUCUCCGCGAAUAGCUUGUCGCAAUCGUCACCGCACUUUACUCGCCUGUUCACAGCGAUGCAAGCCUUCCGCAACGCAGUGGCGCUGGUGGAGAUGGGCAAGCGCAAGUACAACCUAGCCGAGCCACAGAUGCUCAACGGCAUUCUCAUCGCGAAGCAGGAGAUUCCCAAGAUCGAGCCUGCGCAGCUGGCUCGGGAGCUGGGUCGGCAGCUCACCCAGCCUGAGAGCCAGGCUCGGAACUACGCGGUUUCGGCGCUGAGGGUGGCUCAGAAUGGGCUGACGUCGUUUGAGGUGCAGAAGAACACGAAGAGGCAGCAGGAGCUGAGAGAUCAGCAGCUGCAGCGGGUGCAGAAGGAAAAACAGCAGCAGCAGCAGCAGCAGCAGCAGAAGCAGCAGGGGGUGCAGGGGCAAGUGUCGGUAGGUUCUAGGAGGCUGUUGGCGACAGGCGAGCCGCUUACCUCUAGGUUCGAACCGCGUAGGUCGCGGAUCGUUAGUCCGAGGCGCACGCAAUUGGCGACCCGAGCAGCCGUAGACACGUCACCUCCUUCCACCGGCCUCCGUGGCAGCAGCAGCAGCAACCGCCGGCCGCGUAGCAUUCCCACCGGCGGGAAUGGCGCCGCGAUUUCCGCAAAUGGGUCGGCCACGCGAUUCGCGCCGGGAGCGGCACAACAGCAGCCGCAGAAGCGACCGUUGGAACGAUCGAAAGACCGAAUCUUCGAGGAAGAUCCGGCGGAAGAAGCGGCCGCCGCGCGCCGAGCGAUCGGCGCUCCGCUGUACGACGCGCAAGGGCUCGCGAAAUUCUACUCGAAGCGACCGUUAGAGGUUGUCGGUCGAGCGCUGCGCGUCACGACAGCACUCGGUUCCGUCGCCGUCUCCGUCCUGAUCGACCGGCAGCGCGGCCAGCUAGACGCCAACAUGCCGCGCCGAGCCUCGCAGCUUCGGCGCGCGCUGACGAGCCUCGGCCCCACGUUCGUGAAGCUAGGUCAGGCGCUCUCCACCCGGCCGGACCUGUGCCCGCCGGCUUAUCUGGACGAACUCGCGCUGCUGCAGGACGCGCUGCCGACGUUUCCCGACGCAGAGGCGUUUGCGUGCAUAGAGGGCGAGCUGGGCCGACCUAUGGAAGCCAUGUUCGAAUCUAUCAGUCCUUCACCAAUUGCUGCUGCCAGUCUUGGUCAGGUGUACAAGGCGCGUCUGAUAGGAGGCACGGAAGUGGCAGUGAAGGUGCAGCGACCAGGCAUCACAACAGCCAUCGGGCUGGACUUUCUGCUCAUUAGGGGGCUGUGCUCGCUCAUCGAUAAAUACGUUGACUCGCUCACCACCAGCUCCGUGGCGCUUCUAGACGAGUUCGCAGACAGGGUAUACCAGGAGCUAAACUAUGUCCAAGAGGCUCGCAAUGCCCGGCGCUUUCGGCAGCUGUAUGGCAACCAGAACGGGGUGUAUGUGCCGCAGAUCGUCUGGCGCAACACAUCGUGCCGGGUGCUGUGCAUGGAGUGGGUGGACGGGGUGAAGCUGAGCGAUGCAGCGAGCAUGAGGCAGAACAACUUGGAUGUCAUUGAUUUGGUUGACAUCGGCAUCCAGUGCUCCCUCCGGCAGUUGCUCGAGUUCGGCUACUUCCAUGCAGACCCCCAUCCCGGCAACCUGCUCGCCAUGUCUGAUGGUCGCCUGGCCUUCCUUGACUUUGGCAUGAUGAGUGAGACGCCUCCUCGAGCCCGUUUCGCCAUCAUAGGCCACGUCGUGCAUCUGGUGAACCGGGACUAUGAAGCCAUGGCUCGUGAUUAUUACGAGCUGGACUUUCUAGACCCCUCAGUGGACGUGGCGCCCAUAGUGCCGGCUUUAAGAGGCUUCUUCGAUGACGUGCUGCAGGCAACUGUGAGCGAGCUCAAUUUCAAAACCAUAGUGGAUGGGCUGGGGGCAGUGCUCUAUCAGUACCCCUUCAAUGUCCCAGCCUACUAUGCACUUAUCCUCCGCUCCCUCACGGUGCUUGAAGGCUUGGCACUCUAUUCGGAUCCCAAUUUCAAGGUGCUCGCAGCAGCAUACCCCUACAUGGCAAAACGCCUCCUGACCGACCCAAACCCUUAUCUAAGGGACGCUCUAAUCGAACUCCUUUUCAAAGACGGGGUUUUCCGCUGGUCGCGCCUCGAGAACUUACUUGCCCAGGGGCAGAAAGACCGCGACUACAAGACAACCGACGCCCUCCAGCCCUUAAUGGCCCUCAUCCUAGGCCCUGAGGGAAAGCCGUUACGAACACUGGUGGUAGCUGAAGGGGUGAGGGUCGCAGAGGCGCUGCUGGUAGCAGGGGCUGUGGAUGGGGCAUUGGAAGUGUUACCAGAUGCGGUGCUGCGGUGCUGGGCUCUGCUGAGGAGUUCGGAUGGGUUUGACCCGGCGAGCCUGCUUCCACUAGUUGAUGUGCUGCAACAGGAGGAGGUGAGGGAGAUGGGGUCAGAUUUCGCUACAGGCUUGCUGCAAAGACUGGCAGCGCGGUCGCUACAGCUGCUGCUACAACCUCCGCCUUCCUCCCAGCCUGCAGCGCCCGCACCAGCUCUGUAG